AUGCCGGCGAGAGAGAAGCAGAGAGUGUUGUGGAUGGGAGGUGGAGCUUCGGACCGACGGGGCGUAGCCGACGACGGACCAAGCAGGGAGAAACCAAGAGGCUUUAGACAGACAUUCGAGGCCUCUGCGGUGUGACCGCACCACCACCUCAACUUCUGAGCUUUCAAAUAUUCGCUUCUUUGCUUUCUUAUUCCUUAUCUGUUAUCAUAUCUUGAUUCAUUCCAUCCUUUAUUGUGUCUUUUGUCCUUCUGUCUUCGAUCCUCUUCCAAGUGAGGCUUCAUCAAGCGGAACGGUUCUUUAUGCAGAACCUUCUGAAGCCUUUGAAGAACCUUGUUUAAAUUUACCAGCUUUCAUUCAUUCAGAGACCGCAGAUGCUUUGACGAGCUCAUUAUUCUCACUCAAAUCAAUUUUUAUCCACAUUCAGCCUGAGUAUAGGACUGUGGUCGAAUCUAAAAAUCGACCAGUGGUUUCUCUUUUUUUAUUGGAUCGACUUUCUUUGGUUGAAAAUCUUGACUUUCCUGAGAGAGUUUUUGUACCUGCAAGAAUUUUGAGAAUCUUCUUAGUUUGACCAGCUUCUCGGACAUUAGUAACGCAAAACGGACCCCGGUCGUUUCAGGGCAUUUCUAGGAAUCAUUUAAGAAUACUGACGCCACUAAAGUGGACCCUAGAAGUGCCCCGACGCGUCUCCGUUUCGCGUUACCAAUGUCCAAGUUGUUAAAAUUUUUGAAGGCGCAGAGAAUUUUUCCGCCUUUUUAGGCCUAAACUCUCUAGAUAGCUGGGUCAACCUUCCAGUUGAAUUUUAAAAUAAAAGAGGAUUUUUUCAAUAUUUGGAGGAUCAUAUACAUAGUUAUGGCAAUACCAUAGGUUACUAAAUUUUCAAAAUAUUCUUUAUACUGAAAUGUGAGUUUUAUCCUUCUUCCGAUUUUUUGUUUCAGAAUUUCGUACCCUUUUUUUCCUUAAAAUCAUUACUUUCAAUCUUGAUGCGUCUUAAAGUAUAUUUCGAUUCUCCACAUUUUUUGAAUCUUCUUUUUUUUCAGACCCUCCGGUGUGUUAUUUGACCCUCAAACCGCUGUGGGCGUUGCAGUUGAAGUUCGUCGGUCCACUCUCUGUUAUUUUUCUGUGUAUUUCCAGCAGCACAUGGCCAUGCUCCCCUUGGCUCUUAUCCUUCUCGGUGAGAUUAGGUUGAACUUGAGAAAAUCAGGGAAAUCGAAUUUUUUUUUUAGGAGGAGGUUUAGAAAUUGUAGGGAGCUUUUCUGUCUUGAAGUCUUGUCAAAAGGUGUUUUGAUCUUUAUGUACAAGCCUUGAAAAGUUUUAGGAUGUUAAACAUUAUUUUCAAACUGACAAGGGAGGCAUGAAUCCACUGGUCAAUUGUAGAAGAAUUAUGAGAACUGAGUUUUUAUUUUUCAAGGGAGUUUUCUAGGAUUUCCAUUGAUCAACGCUUUUAAACAUUAUCUUCCGAGAUUUUGAUCGAUAAAUGAGUAAUUCAGUCGGGUCGGCGCUGGCACAGACUCCGGUGAUCGGAGGCACCUGCAAACUUGGCACCGCCGACGUUCAGAUCGGCGGCAAGCAGACCCAGUUCUUCCUCAAGUGUGAGGCUACCGCUGAGUGAGGAUUUUCAGUUUUAUCUCUUUUGAUUUAUUGAUUUUCGUUUUGUUAUUAGGAUAUUUCGAAACGUUCUUAUUUGAUAUUUAUUUUCUGUCUAAUGUUCCCAAGAACUUCAAUAGUUUACCCUUGGGCAAAAUUUUCCCAAUUUCGUUAAAAUUGUCUCGUUCUUUUCUAUAGCUUAUCUGUUUCUCGAUUUUUUAUUUUUCACACUUUUGAGAUUUCGAGAGAUUUUUGAAGGUAGCAAAGAAGUCGAAGCUGUAAUGGGAUAAAUUGAUUUAUCAUUUUGAUUCUGCAGAUUUAAUAUUUAUUCGAUUGGCUUGUCUUUGUUUUGUUCAAAUUCUGAUUUUUUUGUGACAUCACUGAAUACUUGACAAGCUACCAACAGAACCAUAUAACUAGAAAUUCUGGAUUUUUUUCAUAUCUUUUUCAUACAAUUUUUAAAUCUCAUUACAGCAGUACGGAUGGCGAAGGAGUCUGGGUUGUGAAGUCCCGAGCUGCCGCAUCAGCAGCUCCGGCCCAAGCGGCCCAAGUGCCGCUUUCGUCGGCCCAAGUUCCAGCCGAGAACACGCAGCCUCAGCAGCAUCCCAAGUCGCGCAAGCAGAGCUCGCCCAACAUUUGCGGUAUAUUUUUUAAUGAAUUUCUGUUCUUUUUUUCGAAGUUUAUUAUGGUUUGAUUUUUUUUAAUCAAGAGUGUGGUAGAUGGUAUUCAUGAGUAGGAACACCAGCUAAGGAAUUUUAAAAAGGUCCGAGGCUCAGAUUUAAGAUUUUUUUAGUACAAGACAGGUUCUAUGAGAAGAAAUAGCCUCGAAAAGUCGAUCAAGGCUUAAUUUGUGAACUUGUUGCGCUCUAUGGAUAAUCAAGUUUUUGUAGACGGGAAAAUUCAAUUUUUUUGUGAUCUAUUGAUUUUUUGGACUUUUCUGAGAUUUUUUUAAGAUUGUUCCAUUUUUCAAACGGUUUCUUAUUUACUGAAAAGCUGAAACUGGUCAAUUUUACGUUAUUUUGUGCUUUAUCCAUAAUCGAGGCUAUUUUGGUUUUUUUUUUCUCCAAAAAAUGAGCCGAGGCUAUUUUUCGCUAUUUUUCACAGUUGUCGGGUGAAUUUGAACUGUCUUCCAUUUUUUUUUCGUAUAGUCGCUGAGACGGAUGAUGAUUUCGAACUGAUUUUGGGGCUAAGCGACGACAGGCCGACCCUUAAUUCUGAGCAAACAGGUGGCCGUUUUCUCAGCGCUUUCCCUCCAACUCGGGGGAGACCUAAUCAGCGGCGCUAACUGUCGAGGAGAAGCACACAGGGAGAGAAAGGUCGGCCACAGCCGCCGACAGGCACUCGCCAGUAAACAUUCCCGCACGCCCGAACACACACGGAAGCGUCUUGGUCAUUUCAGUGCUUAAGCUCGGGGAAGCUGAUCAGCAGUUUAUCAGUCGAUUUAGGGUCUUUUUCCGGGUUUUUUCUAGCGAUUUUUGAAGGGAAUGGUGAAAAAUCACGCCCUAUGGGGAUUUAGAACGUCCCGACCUUGAAAGUUCGUUUGGAAAAAAUGAGAAGAAACAGCCGCGAAAAAGAGGAGUUUGUGCGCUCCAUCGACAAUUUACCGUCCCUCGGUUCUUAUAUGGUUUUUUGGGAGACCAGCUUGCCCAGAGAGAGGAAAUAGCUUUGAAUAAAAUCUUAGAACUCCAGAAGAAUAAUUUUCGGAAAAGGCUGGAUUUUCGAUAUCUUAAGCGCCCCAUUGAGAAGCAUUUUUUUUGUAACUCGGAUUUUUUAAGUUUGAAUUUUUCAACAGAUCUUUUGACUAUUUCGGUUAGGAAUUUUUUCAAAAAGUUUUUUUUCUUAUAAGAAAUUUCUCAAGUUUUCAUUUGUCGGAAAAAAAACUGUAGAAGACGAACGGUUUUUCUCUCUCUUUUUCACCUCCAGUUCAAACUUGACUCGUUUUUUCCCCUCCAAGUUUGGUUAUGCAGUCUGGCUGCGUAGUGAUUUGUUUGCCCACCCUCCGAUGAAUGGCCUUUUUUUCUUUCAUUUUGCAACCGGCUCCCGUUUUGCGCCGCUUUUUCUCAACUAUUCUUGCUCGCCUUCAUCUCCAAAUAAGGAAUUUUUCUGAAGGAUUUUUUUUGGGGGAGGGUUCGAGGCGAUUUUGAAAUCUGGGAUUUUUUUUUUUUGAGGUUGGAGGUGAGGGUGGUAGAAGAAUAGUACUGUAUUUUUGAAGUUUACCGCAAGUUUUCGGAUUUAAAUAAUUUUUUGUAGGGUUGGGAACGAAGAAAGGUCUGAAAAUUCGUUCCAUAUUCGAUUUUUUUUUCGAAAAGGGGUUCUGUACUUUGGAACUUCAAGAGCUUUUUCUAGAAAUAAUAGCUUUUUUUCUACUAGAUUAUGAUUGAGAAACAAUCUUCAAAAAUUACAAGCUUUUUCACUUUAUUCCAAUGAUUUUGAACUUUAGAACACCAAAAUUCAGGUUCCAACCAACAAGAAGAAAAAAAAAGCGGUUCAUUUUUUUUGUUGCACUGACCAGAGCAGGCUGAAGGCGGAGAAAAGUAAAAAUAAACAAAAAUUGGUCUUGUUUGCGUUCUCCGGCGCCACCAGCGCGCAACCACCCCGAGAGCCGCCCGCAAAAAGAGCGGUUCCAAAAGAGCCCCCAUCGCCUGAGGGCAUUGUCUGUGCGUGACCUUCGCCCCACUGACAAACACAAGAAACGAGAGUGCGACUCCUUCUCGUUUUCUUGGGUUUUUCGAGUGCAUCCUGAAGGGAAUAAAGAAGGAGAGAAGCCUUGGGAACGGCCUUGAGAAAGUUCGAGUGGAUUCGCCCUUUUUGGAGUGGUUUCGGGUGAAGCUGAAGCUUUGGGGGAAUGGCUUGAAAUAUCAAUUUUUUACCUGAUCUUAUCAAUAACAUUGAUUUUUCCAGAACAAGACAAUGGAGCGCGUGAAAGCGAGACGUGUGCCGUUUCUGCGACCUGUCUUCAGGCUCACAACGAGUUCCCGUCUUCCUACCUUCAAUGCGACCAGACGUUCGUUUUUUAUGGAUCUCCUUUGAUUUUCUUUUUUACGGCUUUUUUUUUCGAGAAUCUUCUCACCACCAGUUUUUAUAUUCCUCCAAACUGUGCUGAAACUGAACUCGAGUCAAUAAUUCAGGACGCUGCGAUGGACCCGAAAGUCUUGCCAAGACGGCUUCUUGUUCAACUUCGAGCAGCAGACUUGCAUCGUCCCGAAGCGUAUGAGCUCCCUCUCUCGUUAGUUUCAAAAUGAUCCAUUCUUGCUCCUAUUACUAACUUUUGUGUGUUUCCUUGCACUAACCCCAACUUCUAGGCUCACCCUUACCUUCAACGAAAAGCUGCAUGAACUGCCCAUUGGGGACGUCUUGCCGGGAAGGCCGCUGCGUUAAGCUUCCUUCUAGCAGUAAGGCUUGGAAAAUGAAAAAUAUUGGAUUUUUCUAAAGACAAAAAUUAUCGAUUUUGUUAGACUUUGAGAUUACUUCUGAUGGAAAAAAAUGACUAGGAUUUCCAGUGACCCUUAAAAUCACAAAUUUUGAAUAAUUAUUUAGUUCCUUGACUCUACUCCAUUAACAUUUCCUCAAUCUCCUAACCUUCAACAUUUACUAACCAAACAGCUCUCUGCUCCGAUGGCUCAUCACCAUCUGGAAAUUGCAACUCGACCACGACGUCUUCAUGUCCGAAGGAGCACUUCUGCACGUCCCAAGGCGUCUGCUGCCCGAUGACGGCCCUGCAAGCCACGUCGAGCUGUCUUCUGAUGUGCAGCGUCACGGCGACCUGCCCCAAAGGGAUGAUGUGCUACAACAACUGCUGCGAGGAGCGGAAGAUCUUCCGACACCCGGAGUCCUGGAAAGACUGGAAAGAGUCGGAUUUCAAAGACGUCUUCGCCGCGAAGAACGAUGUCUUUGACACGGCUGCCAUCGAAGCUUUUCCUACCCUCGGGCCGCUGCCGCUGGAUGAGCUGGAGGAGGUGACGACGACUUCUACGACGACAAUGAGGCCGACGACUUUGGCCACGACGACGUCUUCAGAAAUGCCGAAAGAAAACCUCAUCGACAGUCCCUACUUCAGAGGCUCAAACACGCUGAAAAAGGUCGUGAUUCAACCUGUGGCCAAGCCUGGCAGUAUCGUUCGUGAUCCUAUUCAAGACACCCCUAGAGACUCCACUUGGCCUAUUGAGACCACUACCAAAGAAAUGCCUAGGAGUGUCAUCAAUGAAGUACCUAGAGACACGUCGAAAAAGGUCUUCAGAGACCCGAGUUGGCCAAGGAAAACGGAAACCUCCAAAGCUCCCAGAAAGCUUGGCUCGAACUGGAAAAUUCGCAAGCCCAACUUCGAUCCUGAACCUGCCACUUGCAACUGUCCAACGACCCCGGCACCGACUUUGACUGGUGAGUGAUCAUCUUUUUUUGAAACAAGGUCAAACUUAUUCAUGCCUCUCGGCAUCUUUGUGACGAUUUGUGACUAUAUAUGAGACGAGACUUCGUAUUGUUUGCGAUGGUUAAGGAAGUUCUGUGUUUUGUGUGUGCUUGGCCAAAUGAGAGAGACUUGCACACUUAAUGAGAGUCUCUGUGUGUUUGGUCACGGCCGAAUAGCGGCUCAAAAGCUUCCCCCUAGGAGGAGAAAGUGCAAAAGAACUGUCCGCAAAAUGCAAAGUCUCACUUUGAAACCGGCAAAAUGGAUAAUCUUUCAGGCACUUGUGGUGGCACCAACGCCGUCUGCAAGAUCGACGCCGACUGUCCUCCUACUUUCGCCUGCGAAGGAAACUGCUGCAGACUGGCUGUUUGUCCGAAGACUGGAGCCGUCGCUCGGUUCAGCUGCACCUCCAAGUACAACUGCCGGGCUGGAGAAGUUUGUCUUUUCGGUGGCUGCUGUCCGAUCGAAGUUGAAGCCGCUGGAGCCGAACCUUACGAUUUCGCCGAGAAAAGGACGACUUCUGUGGAAAUCACGACCACACCUGUCCCUCUGAACGGUUGCUCCAUUGACGAUCGGGUCAAGAACUGCGAUUUCGACCAUCCUUGUCCCGAAACUAGCGAGUGUGUAGCUGGAACAUGCUGCAAAAUUGCCGCCAGCGGCAAGAUGUGGAAAUGGCUUGAUGGCCCUAGCCAUUCCAAAGAACUGCGACCUCUCGGACGACUGUCCCAUCGCCUCGAGGUGUGAGUACGGCCGAUGCUGUCCUCUGCUCAGUCAGCCUUCUGUUGAGAAUAAUGAGGUCGCAGAGCUGUCGGAGGUCGGAAAUAAGGUUCUGGAAAAGAAGGAAGAGGAGGAGGACAUCUUCAAGAAUGUCCCGCUUCCGGAGAAUUUUUUUGAGAAGACCGAAAAGAAGAAGAAUAAAAUGAAGCCUCUGCCGGAUAUUUUCAUGGAAACUACAGAGAAAAAGAAUAAAAUGAAGCCUCUGCCAGAUAUUUUCAUGGAGAAGAGUUCGAAAAAGCUUCCUGACGUCUUCACAGAGAAGAGCAAGCCCGGUCUCAGCUUUUCCAAAGGGGUGAGCAAUUUUUUUUUUCAAGUAGAGCCAUAUAAGACUUUUGAAAAACGAUUUAAUCCUGUUCCUCCUCCUCAUUUCCUAAUUCAGAAGUGCCUGAGCUCCCAGAAGUGCGACCUGCGAACCCUGUGCCCUCCGCAAUUCACCUGCUCUCUCGACGGCCGCUGCUGCAAGAUGAAUGUACUAUGUCCUGAUGGAACGGUCCCCGAAUCGGCCUGCGAUGGAUCUUUUGACGCCGCCUGUCCUUCCUCGUCUCACGCCUGUCUGACUCUUGAGCACGAGCUCAGCGCUUGCUGCGUCGUUGUCAAAGGUUUGUGGAAAAGAGAAAAGUCGCCCCAAUGAUAAAAAGGCACUUUCAUCAUUUCAUCGUAUACCAAAAAUGGCGAUGAAUACAGCCAAGAAGCUCAAGAGGCUGAGCAAAAAAGCCUCUCCAGAUUAAGCUUUUGCGCUCUAUCUAUAAAUCGAAAUAUUACAUUUUUCCUAACCAUGAAAAAUCAUGAAUGAACUGGCUUUUUCAGGCUUCGACGUCCGGCACCAUGAAGUCUCCCAUUGUCCCAGCGGCUCUUCAGAAGUCGCUCCCAAAUUUGGCAACUUUUGCCGAUAUUCCCUCCAAUGUCCAUCCCCAUAUUUCUGCAACAAUCGCGGACGUUGCUGUCUACCACAUCCAGAAUAGCUAGGUUUCAAAUCGAUUCUCAGAAUUUUAAAUAACUUUUCUCAUUUUCAGACCUUCCUACGACUUCAACAUUCUACGUGUACUAACCAAUCUUUCUAUUUAUUUUUCGCAUGAAUAAACUGACUUUUCCUAACAUUUUGCAUGCCUUCUCUAUACUGUUUCUAUCUCGAUUUCUAUAAAAAAUUUAAAAAAAACAGGUCAACAAGCGAACGGACUUCUCUGCACCUUCUCCAGCUGCUCCAACUCGAACCCGUGCAACGUCGGAACCUGUAACAAUGGAUACUGCUGCUCCAGCUCCGGAUCUUCCAACCAAAACUCGGCGAUUAUCCGUGAGUUUGAGCUUCUUUUCAUUUUAUGACACAGUUCUAACCAAUCGCUUGCUUAUUCACCAUCACUAUCACAAAAACCUGGGGGAAGAACAGUUUUAGGCCGAUUAGGAGAGAGAAAGUUUGCUCUACUGAUAAUUUAGAAGAAAGAAGCAUCCUACGAAAAGACAGCUUUAUGGAAAAUUCUAAAAGUUCGACUUAUUUUGUGGAAUUUUUCAUACAUUUUGAAUCAAAUAGCUCAAAAAAAAUAAGAAAAUGCGCUCCGAGGAUAAUUUCAUAUUUAAUAUUUCAGGCUCAAGGAAUCUUUUUAGUUUUUAUUUUACCAUUUUUUUCAUUUACCUGUUCCGCCUUUUUUUUCGCACACUGUCUCACUUUAACUGUAACAUCACCUUACAGCCGAAAAAACCACCAAAAGCACUACUAACAAGAAGCGCAAGCACCGCAAACCCAGCAAGAAGGAGAAGAAGAUCGACCUGACAGCUCCGCUCGCCGAUUUUCCAGUCGGACCGCCAGGCUACGGUUUUCCGGAGCACUUGGCGACUCUGGACGACGUCCUCAUCAAGGCGACCGGCGAUGGAAGUAACCGUCCGCACUUUCUAACCAUCUUGCAUGUCCCAUUGCAGACUCCUGCGCCGGCGGCUUCAGCUCCUCGUUGGUGUGCUCUCUGGGCGCGGAAUGUCCUCCAGGACUCCACUGUGACAGGACUAUCGGCCUCUGCUGCCCCCUGCUCCUGCCACUGACGGACCCGGCCAAUCCGAAGCCUGAGCGACGUCAUCGCAAAGAGCAGCGCAGUGAGGCGGAGGAAGCAGGAGCUGGAGGAGCUCAUCUGAGAUUCUCGUCCUACGCACCUUGCAACUCACCAUGCUGUAAAUGACUGGCACGACUUGAGGGAUUGUCUUUGGGCGUAGGCCAAUGAAAUCGGAAUCAUAAUUUUCUAACCGUUCCCAGAAAGAUCUCUCAAGUCGCUCCAAAUAGAUCAAUUUUGAGAUUUUUUUUAACCAAGCUGCACCGUAACAAAUUUUUAGUUCACUUAACAUUUUUUUAUUUUGGAAACUCUUUUUAAAAUGGGGUUUUUCAGUCACCCCAUCGUCCAACAACAACUGUGUCGGAUGCGGAGCUGCUUCGCCUCAAAUUAUCACUAUUCGUGAGUUUUUAUCUGGCUCGAAAUCACAUAUUUUAUCAGAUGUUCGAAGUUUCAAUGACAACGGAUGAAUUUCAGCGUCGAGCUCCGGAUGCCCCGGAGGUGGCUACUCUGUAGGCACCUGCAACUCUGGUUAUUGCGCCACCGGAUACUCCUGCGUCCAGAACCAGUGCUGCCCAUCCUACUCGGCUCCUCAAGUCAGCGUCUGUGAGUCGUCCAGCUCCCAAAAACCGUACUGAAGGUGGACACCUCUUCAGACAGCUGCCCAUCUGGAGGAAGCGCCGUCGGAGCCUGCAUCUCCGGCCAGUGCGCUACUGGAUACUCGUGCUACAACAACGCUUGCUGCCCAUCCACCACGACUCAGAAUCCUUUCGGUAAGACAGGAAAGAUCAAUAUCCUGAAACCAUCUUAAAACUAUUCAGUCUGCCCUGACGGAACUCAAGCCGCCGGAGGCUGUGUCAACGGCCAAUGCGGAACCGGCUACACCUGCUCGAACGGCCUCUGCUGCGUCGGCACCACCACGACGGUCAGAUGCCUGGACGGAUCCUCGGCCGUCGGCGCCUGCAUCCCCUCGUGCACUGGCAACGCCUGCGGCGGCGUCCAGGUCUCCUACUACUGCGGAACCGGCUACACCUGCACCACCGGCAACAUUUGCUGCCCCGUCAACAGCUGCCCUAAUGGCGGAACCCUUCUCGGACCCGCUGUCAAUGGACUCUGCCCCAAUGGAUACACCCUCCAAGGAGAUGUCUGCUGCUCGUCACUCUGCACUGAUGGAUCUGCUGGUACUCCUGCUAUCAAUGGUGAGGAGAAAACAUUUAGAAGACUAGCUCUGAUCCGACUUUCCUUAUAUAUGUUCAACGUAUAACCUUUGAAGGAAUUUGCCCUGGCGGCACCACCCUGACCAACGGCGUCUGCUGCGCUUCUACCGUCACCUGCGACGUCUCCAUCUCCAACGGACCUUGCACUGGCGUCUUCAACGGCGGUUGCAGCGUUAGUCAAAGGGAUCCCAUCCGGAAAAUCAUGAGGUUCUUCAGGCUGGACACGCUUGCGACACCACCCAGAACAUUUGCUGCCCGAUCGUCGACUUCAACGACGCCAACGACCAGGUCGGCCCAUGCUUGGACGGCACCUGCCCGGCUCUCUUCGUCUGCGUCUUGACGCCCAACAACGACUUCAUCGACCCCGUCACCGGCGACAACCCAGGAGUCUGCGUCUCCCUUCAGUCUGGUCAGUGAAAGGAGUGGUUACUUGAAACCCGGAAAUUUUCAGUGCCUGGAGUCUGCGACGUCGCUGAUCAGGUCGGCGUCUGCAACACGGACACGGCCACCGGAACCUGCCCAACCGGCUUCACUUGCUUCACCGCCGCCGGCAUCUGCUGUACCGACGGAACCGUCUUCAGCCGACUCCGUGGCGCCAAGAGACCCAACAACCGAUUGCCAGCCUAUGGACGUCCUCUCAACAGCUACAUGCCUCGUGAGUUUUGAGUAGAGCUGUAGGAGCUUCAGUGUUAUUGUAGUGAAUUCAUGGAGAUAGUGCAUCUUUCAUAGUUAGAUUUGGUAGCAGAUUUAGUGGUUCUUAAUAGAAGCCUGAAGUCUGUAGUAGUGAUUCUAACGGCUUGGAAGAGUUUAGUGGGAAACUCAACUGUUCAUUUUCACAACUUUUCAGUACUGAUCAAAGUGACUUUUUGAAGUAUCUAGUGCAGUUUCAGCGGUUUUUUAUGACGUGAUAAGAGAUCCGCAGCUUAAAUUCGCUUUUCGAUUUAUCAUUUUUUAUAUUUCUGUAAGGAAGGAAGGUCAUUAUUGUUGAUUGAUAAAUUUUCGUUCAUUUCUAGAAGUUUUGAAACGUAUCCGAUACUACUUUGAGGCCCUAGGCUAGCUGGCGGCUUUUAGAACGGCUUGAGACGUUGAAUUUCGAGUUGUAGUUCCAAAAAGCUUGAGAUUCAAGUUUUUAGAAGGACUUUUUUAUAUCAAGAUUGUGAACCUAGGUCGACAUUCAGAAGAAAAAAACAAAACAAAGCAUGAAAAUCCUCACAGUGUGGUGAAUGUGCGUGUGUUGCCUGCGUUUUCACGAAAUCGUCCACCGUUUUCUCCCUAUAACUCCCGGCUUCAGCCCGAAUCGGCGGCUCUUCCACCUGUGCCGAUGGAAGUCUGAGCGCCGGCGCCUGCAUGAACGGCCUCUGCGGCCUGGGACACGUCUGCCAGAACGGCCAGUGCUGCAAUCCGUCCUCGUCGUCGUCCAACGGCGGCGGCCCCGACAACAAACUCCAAAGUAAUCCAAAGUUCUAGGCUGUGCUUGGGAUAGUGGUUGGAUGCUCAGAAAAAAUGAGGCGUCAUGGAAGUUUUUUUUUAGGAUUUAUCUGACCACCACUAUCCAAAGUACGGCUGUAACUCUUUUCGGAAAUCGCAUCCCUUCCUACGGUCCCUUCUGGUCUUUUAGGCGUCUGUCCGAGCGGAGAGACGGCCGUCAGUGGCUGCUUCAUCGACGGAACCUGCGGAGUCGGAUUCGAGUGCGUCCGUGGCAUGAACCUCUGCUGCCCGCCUGGACAACCGUCUGUCGGACCCUCUCCUAGCAAUAUUCUGCCGUCGCAACCGCAAAACAUCAUUUGUGAGUUGUUGAGUGUAUGACGGAGUUUCUGAGAAAAGAAUAGCCUUUUUGAAUGCGCUUUGUGGCUUAGGCUUGAAUAUACAAAACAAAAAGUAUAUAAAAGGUCGAAAUUUAGACAUCACAAGCCAUAGAGCGCACAAAAUCGAUAAGGUAAUCUCGGAAACUCUGUCAUUGGAAGUCGAUUCAUGGAACAGCUCAUCAUUAUUAGAAAAUGACGAAUUUUGAAGACGUUAACUUUCAAAAUGCUUAGAAGUCAAAAAAAGGAUCAUAUCUGAGCUGUUCAUGGAUCAACUACACACUCACUUUUCGAAUGUCCUCAUUCCUUUGGGCUGAGACGAAACUUUCCAGCGCCGCGACCGAUUGGCGCUCGUUGCCAGUUCGACGGCGAGUGCGUCGGUCAGCAGGAAGGCCUCUCGAUGUGCCACGCCGGCGUUUGUCAGUGCUCGCCGAUCGCCUACUCCCAGGGAAUUGCAUGCAUCCGUCGCAAGUGUAAGAGCACACGAAAUCCCCCCUAUUGAUCUUCGUUGGUGUUUUUUGGUUCCUAACUUCAACUUGGAAUAGCAUGAUUGAAUAUUGAAGGAUUUCUAAUAGAAUCUUGUGCAGGAGAGAAAUUUAUGUUUAUCAUUAACCCUUGGAAGUGAGGAAAUCCCGUAAUUUCGAUCCAAUUUGAGACAAGUUCUGCUGUAAAUUGAGCUUGAGAGCUCUGUGAGCCCAUUUCAAAACUUGGUGUCAUAUUUAGGGUCAUAAAAUCUGAAAAACCUUCUGAAAAACAAUUUCAACACUUGCAGCCUUCCAAAUGAACGAUGAGCCGACGAUGGACGGCGAGAAGCCGGGUCAGAUCGUGAAGAGCGUCUAA